ACAUCACAAACUAAAGGGAGAAAGAAAAAGGGCAAAAGAGAAAAUUAAACUGCAGACACACAGAUACACACAUAUAAAUGUAUAUGUAUAUAUACACACACACCCAUAUCUUGAACUGACAUUCAUGAGAUAUCCACAAAUGUUAUCAAUCAGAGCAGUCUGAAUUUGCUCUUCAAUUCUUGUCUCUGUUCUUCUCUCACACGGAUCUUUUCCAGAAUCUAUAAACUAAAAUUUUCACCGCUACUUUUGUCUCCUUCAGAUUCUUCUUUCUCUCUCUUAGUUUCUCGCCUUCCACAUCCGACAUUUUGCUGUUGAAAUACUUCCCCACUUCUGUAAAACAUUCCUCAAUUGAUUCUUAAUUCCGGAAAGAAGAAGAAAUUCUGGGGUUUUGAUUGCCAAGUCCCAGAUGUUGACUUUGCGUGUCCAAAUUUGUGUAGUUUCCCUUUUUGCAGCGGUAUCUUAGCUAUUAAUUCAGUCCCUGUUGUUUUCUAACUUUCAAGUAGCGGAGAUUUGAUUUUUUUUUUCCCCUAUACACAGUGUAUGUAUAUUUUUGGGUUUUAUGUGAUAUAUCGACUUUGGAAAAGCUUCUGUAUUUUCAAUUAGGGUAUUUGUUCUGGGUACCAUUUUGUAUCGUUUACUUUGAUAGGAUCUGAAGGGUGUCAGCUCAAAUUGGGAUUUUGAUUGUGUAUUAGGGAUUUAUCCAAAUAUCUUGAUACCAUUAAACUGUGCAUCGUGAAAUAAAAGGAGAUUCAUUUUUUUAUAUUGAUUUUCUGGGAGAAUUUUGGGUUAAUUUCUAAAAAUCAAGUAUGGAUCAUGUCAUCGGAGGGAAGUUUAAGCUGGGAAGAAAGAUUGGCAGCGGAUCUUUUGGAGAGCUUUACUUGGGAGUAAAUAUACAAACGGGAGAAGAAGUUGCUGUGAAGCUGGAAUCUGUUAAGACUAAGCACCCCCAGCUUCACUAUGAAUCAAAGUUGUACAUGCUUCUUCAGGGGGGAACUGGGAUUCCCCACCUUAAAUGGUUUGGAGUUGAAGGAGAGUACAAUGCCAUGGCUAUAGACCUUCUUGGGCCAAGCUUGGAGGAUUUGUUUAACUACUGCAACAGGAAGUUCUCAUUGAAAACAGUUCUUAUGCUAGCUGAUCAAUUAAUAAAUAGAGUUGAAUACAUGCACUCUAGAGGUUUUCUUCAUCGUGAUAUAAAGCCUGAUAACUUCUUAAUGGGUUUGGGACGCAAAGCCAACCAGGUGUACAUCAUUGACUAUGGACUUGCUAAGAAAUACCGAGAUCUACAAACUCACAAGCAUAUACCUUACAGGGAAAACAAGAAUCUCACUGGCACAGCUCGUUAUGCUAGUGUUAACACCCAUCUUGGAGUUGAACAAAGCAGAAGGGAUGAUUUAGAAUCUCUUGGCUACGUCCUUAUGUACUUUCUAAGAGGAAGCCUUCCUUGGCAGGGAUUAAAAGCUGGCACAAAAAAGCAGAAGUAUGACAGAAUCAGUGAGAAAAAGAUGCUUACUCCAGUAGAAGUGCUUUGUAAAUCUUAUCCAUCAGAGUUCAUUUCAUAUUUCCAUUAUUGUCGGUCAUUGCGAUUUGAAGACAAGCCUGAUUAUUCUUACUUGAAGAGACUUUUCCGAGACCUCUUUAUUCGAGAAGGUUAUCAAUUUGAUUAUGUAUUUGAUUGGACAAUACUGAAGUAUCCACAAGUCGGCUCCAGUUCUAAAACAAGGCAGCCAACAGGAAAGGUCCCUUUAAACCUAGGACAGCCUGCAGAAAGAGUUGAGAAGACACCAGUGAAGCACGAGAUUCGGGACAGAUUAUCCGGUGCGAUGGAGGCAUUUGGCAGAAGGAAUGGUUCUAGUGCAGGCUUGCAUGGAGAUAAUUCGAGAAACAGAUCUGAUGAAGUACCACCAUCUAAAGACGUGAAAAUAGAUUCCGAAAGAGGUCGGCUUUCUCGGACCGGCAGCAGCUCAAAGAGGGCAGUCGUGUCAAGCAGCAGGCCCAGCUCCUCCGGUGAACCCAGUGACAAUCGUCAUAGCCGGCUUGGCUCGGGCAGUGGUCGAAUAUCAACCACUCAAAGAUUACAACCUGGAUUUGAGUCCAAAUCCUCUUCUUUCACUCGUGCUGCCGCAAGAGGCACCCGGGAUGAAACUCUCCGUAGCUUCGAGCUGUUGACGAUUGGCAGUGGGAAGAAGAAGUAACAGUCUACCAUAUAUAUAGCUCAUUUCAGCUUUGUUUGAGGCCAAACUAUGGAAACACAGCAGCUGCUCAUGUCUCUUAUAUCCUUCACUUGUUACGCGUAUAUUAUGGCAUCAUCUCAUUGGAGUCCUUGGUCGAUAUGGCUUCUUCGAAUUCGAUCUGCGGAUACGACGACAUCACUGGUCAGUUUCCGAUGAAAACCUAAAUCUUUGUUUCUUGAAUUGUUAUCUUGACUUAUUCUUGCUUCAAUACAUCGCGUACGUAUAAAUCGGUGAAGACGAAUGUAUUGAUUUGCUAAGUGGAACUACUCUUCAUGUUUGUGAUUCUACUGUAAUUCAAAUAAAUACUGUCUCCACAUCUGUUGUAUCAAGAAUGCUACGACCAUGUUAGUGCUUCAAGGUGCACUUUGCUAUAUUCGUCGUGUAAAACUUUACUUGUUUGUUUCA